CUAUCGUGCGUAGACUGUAGACUGUGAAAAUAUGUUAUAGUGGUUCGUACGUGCGUGUGUGCGUUUAAUGUUUAUGUGUGAUCACUGAUCAUCUACUAUAGUGUAGUCGCCGUAGUUAUAAAAUGGCGUUUUUACAAUUGGUCUUGUGAUGAUUAUGAAUUUACAAAAAUUGAUAGCUCAAUCCUUUUUACAUGUUAUACCGCGACGUUUCCGCUGUUGAUGGUGGUAAAUAACGAUGGCAAAUUAGUUAGGCGAUAAUUCUGUUCGAAAUUCAAUUCUUGUCGGUGCAUUAUUGUUCAAAUUAACCGGUUUCUGGAAACGAUAAAUCCGCGUAUUUUCGACCGGCCCAGUUAAAAUAUAAAUGCCAUGGAAGUGGUCGAAGUCAAAGAUUUCCAGUGUCACUCUGACGGCGAAGAAGUUGUACUUUUAGACCUUGAUAAGGUAAACAAUUUGGAUGACCCACAGGAAGCUGAAGAAGUUUCUACGGAUAGUAUUGAUGCAGAAAAUAAUGAUGAUAUGAGCACCAACCAAAUGGAAAUUGUUGAAAUAAGUAGCGAUAUGUCAGUUAAUGGCCAGGCAGUUGAUACUGGGUCUUCUGAUAAUACCGAAACUGCUGUUGUGGUCGGCGAAGAACUCCCUGGCGAUGUUCAUAAUGGCGAACAAUCUGGCACUGUUACUGUUCAAGAAAACAAUGUAUCUGAAGUGUUAAAUGUAGAAACGAUUAAUGAUUCGGUUGUAAUUGAAAACGGCGAAUUAGAUGAAAAGAUGGAGUUGGCAAAUAAUGUUGAAGACUCGGCUAAUGGACCUGAAAACAUUUUAAACAAAACUACACAGCUGAAGACUAAGACUGACAAACUUGAUGAAUCAAACAACAAGGAUGAUGAAGAAACGGCUAAAAAGGACGACGAACCAAAACCUGUGAGAAAAGAAAAAGUUUCCAUAACUAUACCUCCCCAUAUUGCAGGACGAGAUGUUUCUUCAUUGACUGAAGAAAAACUUCCACGCUCAGGUAAGCGUAUGUUGAAACCGAGAUUCGGUGUUAAAGUGCCUUAUAUUCAUAUGACAAGUCAAAUAGUAACACAAGACGAAAUCGCUAAAGAACUGUUUGAAAGGUUUCAACAAAAAUAUCCAAUGACUAGAGUCGACAAACCCGAUAAACUUUUUUCUAUGAAAUUGACUCAUAGAUUAGCUAAUAAAAUUUCUCCUCUAAAAACCCCAGACGAAAAGUCCAAAGAAACAAAUAAGAAGUCUAAUAAUGAUUUAAAAAACGUCAACAACAUUAAAAAAGAACAAACCAAAAAAAAAUUAGAUAAGCCCGCAGAAGUAACCAAAAUUGGAGAAAAUGACUUGAGUGGAGUUCAAAUUAUUGAAGUAUCGGAAGAUACACCUAAGGCGGCUACUCAGAUAAAUAACUCACAGCAUAUUGACUUGAUCACUAAUACAUUAAAACGCCUGGAACAGUCUGAAGAGUCGAAUGUAACUGAAGACAAAAAUGAUGGAAAGAUUUCAUCAAACGAAGAACUGAUUGCUAUACUUGAAGAUUUUGAAACCAUAGAAACGGCUGACACAAAUGGUAACAAAGUGCCAGAAUCUAAACCCAUUGUAAAAUGUCCUGUUAAAAGGAAAAUUGUAAGGAAUAAUGCUAGAGCUAAACGAUCUAAACCUAAAUUGGAUCCAGAAAUUGAAAAACAGAUUGCUUUAAAACAACUUGAAGAAGUUUCAAGACCAAAACGUUUCGACUCGCAUUUUAUUAAAAGAAAAACAGAAACUGAUAAAAAAGUUCUGGUUAAAAACGAUGUGGGCUCUGCACAAAAACGUAAAAAACCUACCGAUGAUGUACCUGAAGUUAAAAUUGCUAUUGAUCAAUAUAUAAAAUCGUAUACUGAUAAACGUCAAUCUGUCAAAGCAGAGCCUGAAGAAAAUGAUGAGAUUCAGCUUGAAAAUAGUGAUAAUGUUGAAAAAGAAGAUACUAAGACAUUGUCGAAUAACGUGGCUAAAGCGAGAACUAUGAGAGAAAUAAAUCGUCUCUUAGGAGAUGAAGGUGCAAUAAAUAUGAUAUAUUCUCUCGAGAAAAGAAGAACCCAAGGAAAUAAUAAUUCGAAAGAUGUCCUUCCGUCUACUAGACGUAAGAAAAAAGACUUGAUGUUAAAAACUAAACUUGUGAAAAAUGCUAUGCUGAAAAUGAGUUCUCCAAACAGUUCAUCUACGUCUAAUAGUCGGCUGGGCAGGCGUUCAGACGUAACUCCCACUGUUUCGCCAGUAGAAAAAUGUUCUAGGAAAAUUUCAGUCGAUUCUCAAGGUUCUGAUCAGUCUAUCAAAUGUUUGACUAACUUCUCUGGCAGAAAAAUUAUUCCGGCUGACGAAUCUAAAAUUAUCAGAAAACAUUCAUCUAGUAGUGAAGCGUCCAGUAUUGGCGGUAGUCCUUUACUUCCAGUUCCUGAUGCUAUACCAAUCAAUCCUAUAAGUUCAACACCAGCUCCAGUUAAAACAUUGCGAGUGUAUACUAGGAAAAAUAAAAAUUCUUUGGAUUCAUUCACAGCAGAUCAUUCUCUAAUAACACUUCCUGACGUACACAAUGGACCAAACAAAAUCUUUGCCAAGACUAAAAAUUCGAAUUUGAAGGUGAAAAAAGAACCCUCUACACCAACAACUGUAAAAUCAUCAAAAUCGCUAACUGCAAGUAUUAAACAAGAAGUUGAAAAUACAAAAUACAGUGAAAUUACCAUAAGGCGUUACGAUGGGGUUGUGCAUAUAACAUUGACACCAGUGUCGACGGUCAUGAAAAAUGCAUUAAAUAUUUCUGUAAUGGAAGAACUGAUGAGUGAGCUGCAUAUCUUAGAAAAAGAAGACUCUUGCAAUGUAGUUUUAAUAUCAUCAGCUGGUAGAAUAUUUUGCCAAGGUCUUGAUAUAGCUCCACUUAUCAACAAUAACCAGAUAGGUUGUCAAAAUACAGCUAUUGAAAUUGCAUCGACCAUCAAGAAGUUUAUCACUUGCUUAAGUAAUUUCCCUAAAUUACUUGUCGCCGGGGUGGAUGGUGCUGCUGUUGGACUUGGCGCAACAAUGUUGGCCCAUUUCGAUUUAGUAUUUGCUAGCGAUAAAGCAACUUUUGAAGCGCCGUAUGCACAACUUGGUCAUAUCGCAGAGGGUGCAGCUACAACUAUUUUGAGUAGACUUUUGGUUGCCGAAAUGAUCAUGGGCAGUCAGAGACUGACUGCAGGUCAAGCCCACUAUUAUGGCUUAGUUACUAGGACACUUUGGCCUGAUCGAUUUCACGAUGAGUUAGUGCCGUUGGUCAAAGCGUUGGCUAGACAAUCGUCACAAGCAAUACAAAUGACUAAAGCCCUUCAAAAACAAGAAACCAAAGAUAAACUGGCUAAAGCACUAGAGUCGGAAACGCUCAUCAUAGUACAACAAUGGAUUAGUGAAGAGUGCCAAAACAGCUUACAACGUUAUUUAAAAGACGCUGUAGAUAACCUCAACGCUUGAAAUAACUAAAUUUACUUUUUUCUCUUUAGUUACAUUUACUGUGCCUUGGCAAGGUUUGGUAAAAAAAAAAAAAAUAUUUAUGUUAUUUUAUUAUAUUAUUAUUAUAAACAUUUUUGAAAAUAUCGGUAGUCAAAAAACUAAAAUCAUAGAGGUCCUAAUAGAAAUUGUACUAGAAAUAAUUUUUUACUUAAUUUUUAUUUUUACAAAUUUUUAUUUGUAGCUCAUACAGGUAUUUUUUUUUUUUAAUUUGGUUCUUUGUACAAUUUUUUUUUUUUAGCUUAAUUAUUUUAAAACAACUACCCACAAAGGGAAUCUGACAUGGCUGAUUUUUGUUACAAGAAUAUUAUAUAAUGUUCACUUUCUGUAUAAGGUUUUUACUGGCACGACAAAUAUUGUAAUAUCACACUAAUACUUCAAGAUGUUAAGUUUACUUGUCUAACAUUAUCUUAGAGGUUCAUAUUUGUUUAUAGAGUUAAUUUAUUCCCUAUUAUUCAAAAUGUAUUUUUUUCAAUAACGAUAAAAAUAAUUGCUCGUAAGGUCACUCGCAUGUGUUAGAAUAAAUUUGUCCAGUAAUUGUUUUUUUUUUUAAUCAAUCAAGCAAUCUUAUUUUGUGUUCAAGUUUUAAUUACUUGAGUAUAUAUUAUAAUUUUUAAUGAUAUUUAUAAUUGUUAUAAAAGUACUCUUUUUAUAUAAAUAAUUUAAUCAAGUUAAAUUGAAA